AUGGCGGUGGUGUCGGCUCCAGACCUCGCCGGACAGGGCGCAGCACAGCGGGCGCUGGCAGGCGGGGACCAGGCAGAAAGGACCCCACGGGCAAAGCCGAAGCGCCGAGCCGGCCGAGGGGGAGGAGGGCGGACGGGCGGACGGGCGGGCGGGCUGGCAGGCCGUGGCACCGCCCCUGAGCCCGCCCCUGCUCUGCGCCCCGGUUCGCUCUCAGCCGCCCAUUGGAAACGGCUGCUGCCGCUCAAACGCGAGCUCACGCCUAUUCACUACUCCAUUGGCCUCACGAGUGGGGUCAACAGUGGACUGGUCCGAGCCAAAGACUCCAUCACCAGCUUGAAGGAAAAAACCACGAGGGUUAAUCAGCACGUGCAGAGCCUGCAGAGUGAGUGCUCCGUGCUGAGUGAGAACCUGGAAAGAAGGCGGCAGGAGGCAGAAGAGCUAGAAGGGUACUGCACUCAGCUCAAGGAGAACUGCCGGAAGGUGACCCGAUCGGUGGAAGAUGCUGAAAUUAAAACCAACGUCUUGAAGCAGAACUCUGCCCUGCUAGAGGAGAAGCUGCGCUACCUCCAGCAGCAACUGCAGGACGAGACGCCCCGGAGGCAGGAGGCCGAGCUGCAGGAGCUGGAGCAGAAGCUGGAAGCUGGCCUCUCCCGACACGGCCUGGGCCUCACGCCGCCGCCCCAGGGCUGCUCGGGCCCGCCCGGGAGCCCAGACGAGCUCCCCAGGCUGCGUGGCCUGCUCCCCGGAGGCUGGGGCCUGGGACCCCGAGGAGGGGACAGCCUUUACGGGAGCGAGCAGGAGUUACAGAAGGUCUCCACGGGCCUCGAAGAGCUGAGGAGGGAAGUGUCUUCGCUGACUGCCCGGUGGCAUCAGGAGGAGGGGGCGGUGCAGGAGGCCCUGCGGCUGCUCGGGGGCCUGGGCGGCAGGCUCGACGGCUUCCUGGGCCAGUGGGAGCGGGCACAGCGUGAGCAGGCACAGACUGCGCGGGGCCUGCAGGAGCUGCGGGGCCGUGCGGACGAACUAUGCACCAUGAUGGAGCGGUCAGCAGUGUCUGUGGCUUCGCUGAGGAGCGAACUGGAGGGGCUAGGCCCAGUGAAACCGAUUCUAGAGGAGCUGGGGCGGCAAUUGCAAAACUCUCGAAGGGGGUCUGACCUGUCCAUGAACUUGGAUCGGUCUCCCCAAGGCUCCUGUGCCCGUUGUGCCAGCCAGGGGCAACUGUCCACGGAGUCCCUGCAGCAGCUGCUGGAGCGUGCAUUGAUGCCGCUGGUGGAUGAAGUGAAGCAGAGGGGUCUGGCUCCGGCCUGCCCUAGUUGCCAGAGGUUGCACAAGAAGAUUCUGGAGCUGGAGCGCCAAGCCUUGGCCAAGCACGUCAGGGCCGAGGCCCUGAGCUCCACCCUUCGGCUGGCCCAAGACGAGGCCAUGCGGGCCAAGAACCUGCUGCUAACGGACAAGAUGAAGCCGGAGGAGAAGGUGGCCACUCUGGACUAUCUACACCUGAAGAUGUGUUCUCUACACGAUCAGAUCAGCAACCUGCCACUUGAGGGGCCCACGGGGACAAUGGGGGGAGGAAGUACUGGGGGGACUCCCCCAAAACGUGGGGGCCCAGCCCCUGAGCAGUAAAAUAGCCCCUCAUGCUGGCAUGAA